AGCUGGACUCCGGGCAACAACUUGCCAAACAAUAUGGUGGAUGAGAUGUGAAAUUUACAAUUGUUCAAAUUAUAUAAACAAAACGAAUGGAAUAUACUCAUGACUUUUGAAUAAACUUUGAUCCACCAAUUUACAAUAAAAAUGGAUAGAGACGUUGCGGGGAUCCGAAUUAGCCCUGCAAGCGUUGAUUUUUAUGACACUGUACCAGACACUGUAGAACAGUUGAAUGUUACUGUUUACAACAUCAGUAAAGACAGCAAAAGCAUUCGAUUUUAUGCUCCAAAAACAAAGAAAUUUAAGCUAAAAGUUAAAAAUCCUGACAAGCCAGUAGCCUCUGGUUUAUCUGUGCCAGCAAUAGUUGAGUACACAAGCACUGAAGAUGGAGAGUUUAAAGACAGAAUUGUUGUUACAGUAGAUGGCGAAGUGGUUGAGAUACCUCUUGCUGCUUACCCUACCAAGCCUGUCCUUGAGGUUGACCAGUCUGUUGAUUUUGGAAAUGUUGUUGCUAACAGUAAAACUAUAGCAAGGGAAAUAUCACUGAUUAACCAUGGAUCAAAGGCAGGAGAAUUUAAGAUCAAAUAUGGAGGCAAUCAGCCUAUUGCAAUUAUGCCAACAAGUGGUUCAGUCCCUCCAAAAAGUGUACAGUUGAUAAAAGUGGAGUUUGUUACCAAAUAUCCAGGAAAGAUUGAAGAAGUUGUUAAGGUGAAACUAGAGGGGAAAGAAACUAGCCUCCUUCAUAUUCGUGCUAAUCUGGUAGAGCAGGCUUUACAAAUACUCUCACUAGAAACAGAGGAACCUAUUCGGUGUAUACCAUUUGGAAAUACUUACUAUGGAUCAGACAAAACUGAGUGUGCUCUGCUAUUUAACAAUGGUCCGGAACCUGUCAACUUUGUAGCAAUAUUAGAUGAAGAUGCCAUAGCACAGGAAAUGGGUAUUGAUUUAACCAGGAGUACAUUGAAAGCUCUUUCAGAUCAAGGGGACACAGGCAAAGUUCAAGGGGACACAAAUGAGCUUACAUCUCUUGUAACUGCCAUACCAAACCAGGGUAUUCUCCAGCCAUAUGAGAAAAUACCAGUCUUCUUUAGAUUUAGUCCUAGGUGGAAUGCCUCUAAAUCUGGCUUUAAGAACAAGAUCGUUCCCCCACCUAGGAAAGACUUUGCUCUGUUUAUGAAACUUCAGAUCAUAGGAUCAAGUGAAGGCUAUGAAAACCCAGGUGACAGAGUGGUUGAGGUGGCUAUGACAGGUACAGCUCUACCAGUACUUCUAGAUAUAUCUCCAGCAUGCAAGUAUGACUUCGGGGAGGUACCAGUAGGUGAACAUGCUGAUAUUCUGUGUACAUUAAAGAACAGCUCAGAUGUUUUACCUAUUACAUACCAGUUCAGGCGUAUUGCACAUUUCAUUGCACAUCCACCAAAUGGCAAGAUACAGCCUCUAGAUACACAAGAUGUCAUCUUUUCCUUUGCUCCAAACCAAGCAGGUUUCUUCAAGCCGCAGCAGAUGAUAGAUGUUAUAGGGCAUGUAGCAGAUAAUCGUAAUCCUACUCUGGCACAUCUACAGAUUAUACACACCAUGCCUGUACAUUUCAUGGGCCGUAGUGACCCAAUAACCAAACAUAGGAACCCAAAAUAUAAUCCUGGCCUAACACCUUACAUCAGUAAUGAAGUAGGUAUGUUUGUUGAUACAACAUUCUCAUCUCUCGGAGAUGAACCAAGGAACGCUGUAGCAGGAGGAAGAACGACCAAGUUACACAAACUAGCCAGAUCUACAAACAAAGAUGACUGGAACACCAAGGUUGCCUUUCCUAAUGACAGAGCACACAGUAUUAGACCCAGUGAUAGGAAAGAUGAGUACAACUAUGCUGAUUUUGUAUGGCCUGAUCAAGUGAAGUUAACACAGUUACGAUGCCCUUGCUGUCUUGUUAAACUGCUUAAUAAAUACAAAACGACUUCUGAUAAGAUAACCACUAUACCAAGUCAUGGGACAAUAUUUACACGUACGAAGCGUCACACAUAUAUUGACCCAGAUUAUGCCCAUAUAGAUGAUGAUGAUGUAAAGAAAUGGCGGCACCGUGACAGUUAUGUUCAACUUAUCAGAGAUAUGAAGGAGAAAAGAGUGAAUAAGAAAAAAGCAAGAGAGUUUCAUGAGACAAACACAUCAACUGAUAUAGGAAUCAAACCUGCUGCAGGUAUACGGCCAAAGAAACUUCUUCUUGAAGAAAUCAAACCAGAUCCUAAAGAGCCUGAUAGCCCUGCACCUCCUCCCCCAAAUGCAGAUUUCAAGUUACUCAGCAGUAAAAGUCUAUCAGCUACCAUGCAGUCAGUUACCAGUAAACCUGCUAAAGAUGGUUUAAAUGCUGUACCAACCACUCCUAAAGAGAAAAUGGACUGUUCUAAAUUCCUUUCCCCUCAAGAACAACAUCUGGUUGUCAUAGGUCCUCCAGUCCUUGACUUUGGUUCAGUAUGUUUGAGAUCAAUUUCUACAAAAUAUCUGGAGAUUGUAAACAACCUUGACCAGAAUGUCCUGGUUGUGGCAGAGAUUGACUGUAGAGAACUAAGACAAAGCAGCCCUCUAUCACAGGUGGUUCCUCCAAAAUCCAAAGCCAAUAUUCCUAUUAUCUUUGAAUCUAACCAGAAACAGAAGUUCCAGAGGUCAGUGACUUACACAGUUAACAACUACCACAAGCAUCAUGUGACCGUUCUAGCCGAGGUUGUACCUGUUGCCUUGGAACUUUCCACUGAUGAAUUGGUCCUUAAACCAUCAUUUGGUCUACCCAGUGAUGCUGGAUUCCGUGGUAUCAUCACUUUGUAUAACAAAUUGAACUAUCCUGCUGAGUUUACCUGGGCACCUAACCUAGGAGAGAAGGGAACGGCAUUCUCUAUCAGGCCGGCUACUGGUGUUGUUGAUCCAUUUAAAGAUCUUGACUGUGAGGUGGUAUGGCAUCCAUCUUUCCUGGCUCCCGAAGAUGGUUCUUUCUCUCUGAUGAUUCACAGUGGUAGUACGUUACAGCUGAAAUGCAAGGCAGAGCUUGGAACAACCAAUGUACAGUUUGUUGAGAGAAGGAUUAUGUUUGGACAGGUACCAGUUAAUCUGUGCACAACCAGAAAUGUACUUCUGGCAAACAUUGGACAGAAUCAUGCAUACUUCCAGGUGAAUGAUCCAAACCCAUUCCCAGGAUUACAGGUGAGCCCACUACAUGGUGUAGUCCCUGUAGGCGGGCAUGCUGAAUUACAGGUUAAGCUAACACCUGAUGCUAUACUGAAGUUUGAUACCCGGGUUCAAGUUGCGAUUAAGGGAGGAAAGAACCUUGAGCUGAGGAUGGGUGGAACUGUUGAACCGCCAACAGUAGAUAUUGAUCUGCCAAGUUUCAAUUUUGGAGGAGUAUACUGUGGUUCUGGGUCAACCAUCACAUUUAAACUCAUCAAUAGGAUGUUGACAAAGGCAAAGCUGGAGUUUGAUUUAUCAAGAUAUAAAGAUUUUAACCUCAACUUUCCUGGAUACCAAACUCAGGAGGACUAUACAUUUCAAGUAUUAAACCCAGGCAUGUUCUCUAUAACUCUACAACCAAGUGAAACUGUCGAAGGGGAACUUAUUUUCAUGCCAACUGAGGUUGCUGCAUAUGACUUUGAAUUGCCAACAAUUAUCAAUCACACAGGGGCACCAUCUCCUGCCCCCACCCCAUUUCCUCCAACCCCUGCCCCGUCAAACAAGAAUAGCCUGCAGCACAUCAUAAACCCCAAACCACAGCCGUACACGGUGCUUACACCCAGGAAGCAUGUGAUAGCAACAGCGCUAAGACAACCACUGCAGCUGUCUACCAACAAGAUAGAGAUGUUUGCACCAGCAUCAUUCUAUGAUACAACAAUACAAACAGGACAGAUGCAAUCUAAAGGCACUAUAUUUGUUAACAACAGUGACUGCAGUAUAAAAUGGGGAAUAGAUCUGAGGAGUAAUAACCCAGCUCUUGUGGAUGGAAUAUUUAAAUUCAUUCACCCGUCUGGAGCACCAUUCACCAACCCAACAGGGGAAGAAACAAAGGGUAUUGAAGGUGAUCUGAAACCAGGGGAGACACAACAAGUUGCUGUUAUGUUUUGCCCUAAGGAGCCUGGCAGGUAUGAAGUCCUGCUUCCAGUUAUCCUGAAUGACAACUAUGAGAAACCAUAUCAGUACCUUCAGGUUGUAGCAGAACUUAAGGCACCCAAGCUUUGGUUUGAUCCUCUAGCCAUAGUGCUAACACCAGUUCCAUUACAUACAGAAGUUAGCUCAGAGUUUAUCAUGUUUGCUGCACAGUUCAGAAAUCAAACAAAAAUCAUCGUGGAAACACCAACAAUUGAAUGUGAGGAUGGCACUAAGAUUUCACCACUCAAGGUCACUUUCCCAGAAAGUCAAGAGGUGAAGCCAUGUUGUGGUGAUGAGGGACAGAUAGAACCAUUCAGCCUCCCUUGUAAGAUCACAUUUGCUAGCCCUAAACCAGUCUCUUUUGCUGAGAAUGUUAUCUUUACAUUUGAUGGUUGUAAGAAACCAUUCAAGCUGAUGGUUACAGCAACAGCUGAUAAUUGCCUGAUGACAUGUUAUCCUUUCCUAGCUCUACAUAGAACAGAUCAUCAGAUUGUCUGUGAACAGGGUUCCACACCUAAAGGUCAGAAGACCAUCUCUAAGGAGAGCAUAAACAACCUAGGUGAGGCUGUAUUCAUACCAUGCCAGACCCCGAACCAGGCCAGCAGACCAAGCACUAGUGCUACCAGCUCCAAUUUCCAGGUCUCCUCAUCUAGUUAUGAGUCAUCUGAGAGUACAACUGACUCCACAGAUGGAAGCACACCAGUAAAUAGAGAUGGAGCCAAAAACAAGCCACCAUCUGGCUCAGACCAUCAAGUUGUUUCCCGCCAGAAUGACCUUGCAUCAAGGUCAUUAGGGUCAGCCAUGUUUCCAGAUGAAGAUUCUGAAGAAGGCAUCUUCCACAUGGAGGUGUUAUUGGCUGUACAGAGAUGGUUCUCUGCCCAGGGUUGGCCUGGGGGACCAUUCCCUAUCACCAUACCUCAUUCUCUAAGAAUGGGUUUAUGUUCCACUCUGGAAGAAAGUGGUAUCAGUCGUAAACCUGUGGAAGAGGAGAAAGGACCCAAGGCAGGUAGUUGGGACACAAAUAACUUGAAGAAAGAGUUCAAGACCAUCUAUGACAUGAUCAGUAACCUGGCUGGCAGACCUGUGCCAGGUAUUCCACUGAAUGGUCACCUACCGUCAGACCCGGUGGAAAGAGUUAAACAAAUAUUCUGGCAGCAUUCAACAUUGCUUACAUUCUUGAGAUGUCAGGGUGCAUGUGUUGCCUCAGUGAAACCGGAGUACCUGAUGGAUCCCCGUGACUAUCACCUCUGGAAGCAGAUUCAGGCUGAGUUUAGGUUAGAGUUGGAACGUAAAGGUGACUUUGAGCAGGCAGCAGCAUACGUUAUAGAGGAGGAGUUAGAAGAUGACGUGUUUGAAGCUGUAUCUAAACGUGCAUGGACUGAUAUACUUCUACAAAUACUCAAGACCCUUGUCCUGGCCAAGGUCACACCAAGAACAUUGAAGAAUACCCCAUCCCCUGACAAGAACAUUAGUAUGCCAGAGAUAAACCCUGAUCCAUUUAGUAGUAACAUAUACAACAUGGGAGAGAGAAUUGUACUGGCCUGGCUCAACCAUCAUUAUGAACAUUACAGGCAGAAAGUGUGGGCCAACUGUGAAAAAGGUGGAGUUCCUCCUGCAAGGUGGAUUGUCAACUAUGACUUUGAUUUGCUGGAUGGUUUGGUAUUAGGGGCUGUACUAGGAGCUCAUAUGCCUUUCUUGAUAAAGACACAUCUUGAGGACAUGUACACUAGACCAGCAUCAGCAGAACAAUGUUUACAUAAUGCUCUCAAGGUGACCAAUGCUAUGAGAUAUGCUGGUAUAGACUAUGACAUCCAGGCUAUAGACAUUACUGAUCCAAACCCCAUAGCACUGCUGCUAUUGUGUACUCAUCUAUACCAGCGCCUGCCACAAUACCUUCCUAAAGCUACGGUAGAAUUCUCGGGACCACUUCAUUAUACAGUAUCAAGACAGGUGAAAUUGAGCAAUCCAAGUGGAAAACCAUUGGUAUACCAAAUUCUGCUAGCAGGCCAUGAUGCCAGAGACUUUCGAGUUCCAAAGGGUGACUUUGUAUCUAUCCCACCCAAGUCUACAUUACCCCUGGGUGUAGAGUUUACUAGCAGGUUCCUGAGACCAGCUGAGGCUAUUCUGGUCUUAGUUGGACGUAGACAGGGGUCUGCCAUCGGAUCAACACUCACUUUCAGCUUGUGUACACAGGUGGAAAAUAUUGCUCCAAAGAAAGUAAUCAAGUGUGAGUCUCCCUGCUAUGAGCUUGAGAAGAUUACCCUCGAGGUUACAAACCCAUUCAGUGAAUCUGGAGAGUUUAGGAUUGUACUGGUGGAGGCAAGUGGCGCCUUGCUGGAUCCUAGCAAGAACUCUGCAAUACUGAAACGUAGAGAGAGAAAGAAGAAAAGGAUCAAGUCAAAGAUUGAUUCAGGUAUUGUAAGACCUGAGACUCCGCCCUCACCUCCCCCGAAGAUCUCGGACACUCUACAGAUGCAGAAAGAUGAUGAUGAAAAUAUGAUGAGUGCUUUCUACAGUCCAAUAUCCAGUGUUUACCUGGAUGCUAACUCCAGUACAACUAUUGAGAUUCACUUCCUACCCUUCAAUGUAGGAGAGCGUCAGUGUUCUGUGAUCUUCCUGAAUGAGGAAGUGGGAGAGUUCCUGUAUUCUAUUGAGGCGAAGUCAACCAUGCCACUUCCUGAUGUUGUUCCAUUUGUGAAAACAACACAUAGUGUUAGAAUAAGCAGUGCUGCUGCUGCAGGUACAGGAAAGGGUUUAUUUGGAGGUGAUGAUCGUGUGGUAUACUGGAAAUGUGAGGCAGGUCAGGAGUUACAGGAAUAUCUAACUGUACCAUUUAGUAACCAAGCACGAGAAAAAGCUCUCUUGAUGGCUUCACAACAGCAUAUGACAGACAUAGAGUUUUCACGUCGUGUUGCCACGGGCACACUGCACUGUAGCAAUGUGGCUGCACAAACUAUCACGAAAUUAUCUAGCGAUCCUCAAACUGCCAUCAAGAAGGCUAAAGAACGAGGACCUCGUGGACAGACAUACAGAGUUGAGGUAGAUUCCAGUCAUUACAAACUGCCAGAUAAAUUGUUUAUUCCUCCAUCAGGUGAAAGGUCACAGAGUGCACCAACUGGCAAGAAUGUCUAUAUAGCAUCACCAAACAGGCAUGGACAGAUUGAAAUUCCUGUGAAAUUUUAUGCUGAGGAUCCUGGUCACUACCCGUGUGAGAUAAUUCUGCGAGGUACUGACGAUGUUAGAGUAUUCAGGAUAGAAUCUACAGUAAACCCAGAGGGCAGCACUGCUGAAAUCAACUUUACUUCACCAGUACAUCAAAAUGUUACACAGGAAAUACCACUGGUGAAUAUGACAAACCAUGACUGGCCAUUACAAGCUCAUAUCACAGGAAAUGGUUUCCAUGGUCCUUCUAGUAUUCUGGCCAAGGCAUACCAGACAUCCAAAUAUCCUCUUGUCUUUAGACCACAGAAUGAAAAUCCUGUCAGUGGCAAGCUAGUUUUAAUUAAUACAGAGGAUGGUACAGAGCAUGUGUUCCAUCUGAAUGGUACCGCAGAGAAACCUCUGGCCCUGGAACAUGUCGUCCUCAAAUCACAGGUCAAGAAAACGCUAACCUAUGAAUUAAAAAUACCUAAUGUGACAAGAAAGAAGCUUUGCUACAAGGUUGAGUCUGACCUGCCAAUAGUGAGUGGGAAUCAGUCUUUAAAUGUGUUGGCUGGUCAACAAGCCAUGUACAAGAUGACAGUAGCUCCGGUGAGACGUGGAGUAUUUAAGGGUGUGAUAGCAUUUGUCGCUGGCAAAAACCCUGUUGUUGAGGUUGACAGUGAUGGUGACGAGAUGCCAGAUGAAGACGAGGAGGCGAGACAGUUCUACGGUUAUCGUGUAUGGUACUCAUUAGAGAUACAUGUGAAGCCUGCACCUCCAGAACGUAUCCUCGAGGUCACCUGUGCUUGUCAGAAGAAACAAUUAUUAGAGGUGAUUGUAAGAAACCCUACACAGAAUGAUGUCACUCUAGAAGCUACAAUAACAGGUCGUAACCUGUCAGGUGCCCCAUCUAUUACACUACCAGCUGGUUCCAAAGAUGUGUAUACAUUACAGUAUGCACCAGCUGUCAUAGGACAAACUAAGGGCAGUUUAAUAUUUUACCAUGAGAUGGUUGGAGAAUUUUGGUAUUUAUUGAAAUUGUUGGCAGAGUCGCCCACACAAACAACAUUACCGCACAUGCAGUGUGAACUGGGCCGAUGGACAAAACAGAAUGUAUUACUAGACAACCCUACAGACGAGACUCUAGAACUGAUCCCAACAGUUUCAAAUACAAAUAACUUCUCCCUUGAACGUGACAAUGAACGACCUAUAGUUCUAGCACCUCAUUCUAAACUUGAGAUACCAUUACACUUUAUGCCUUCGACCCUGGGAGAGGGUGACCAUCUUGCAAAGAUUUGCUUCCUUAGUGAACAGCUUGGAGAAUGGGUGUUUGUGGCAUCUGGCACUGGACUUUUACCACAGACACAAGACCCAGUGAGUGUGUUCACUGUGGCAGGCUCUAACACCACACUUAUAAUACCAUUCAGGAAUCCCAUGGACCAAGCUGUAUUAUGUGAGGUCAUGCUGAGAGAUAAGAACUCAACUCUUGAAGAAACUUUAGAAAAUGAAAAGUCAGAGGACAACAAUCCCUUCUGUUUGCUGCUCAAACGUAAAGCAGGUAUCCGGGUGGGUCCAAAAUCAACCCUAGAUAUCCCAGUAUGCUUUGCUCCGACAGAGAUGAAAAUGUAUGAGGCUGUAUGUACAGUGAUAGUUACCAGAGAAGAUGGUGAGAAAUGGCAGUAUGCUCCGAGAGAUACACAAGGAUAUCAGUUAUCAAGGACAGGAAGUGAAGGGGUCAUUGAGGUACGCUGGAUAUUCCCUAUCCAGGGUAUCCCAGAAUCCCAUCCAAUAAAAGAGUCUUUUGGAGCUAUAAUUGAGUGCAAGGCAAGAGAUAGGCUUGAAGAAAGGUUAGAGGUCACAUUAGCUGGUGUUGCCCCAGUAACCUCGGGUCCACAGAGGUCAAUCUAUACAAGAUCCAUUACUCCAAAGAAUGAAUCACCAAAAUUACCUGAUGGAAUUGUUGUUGGAGAAAGUAAGAAAUUUAUGGGUUUUUUUUUCUAACAUAUUUAAACAGUU